AUGCUAUACCUCAAUCCUACCAUUAGCGAAAGGCAUUUUAUUGAGAGUUACAUAAGUGGCCUUAAGGAGGAGCUUGUACCUUUUAUAGACCUUUCGCGACCAACUACUCUCGAAAAAGUAUAUGAGCAAGCAAAAUUACACGAGCGAGCAUUGGGCAUCAUAAUGAGGAAGAGUAAGGUGGCUUACAGAGCCAUUGGGGAGACCCCACAAGGGAACAACACUCAGAAGACAGCCUCAACAGUUCAUCAAAGAUCUUCGAAUCAGCCAUAUGGGAUAAGCAAGCAAUUGUUUGAACAGAGGCGUGCCGCGGGACUGUGUUACAAAUGUGGGGAGAAGUACCAACCAGGGCAUAUCUGCCAAAACCGAACCCUCCUGCAGAUAUGUGCUAGUCCCGUGAUCGACGAGAUCUUUGAUGAACAAUUGAUACCUACCGAAGAAGAAGAAGAGCACCCCAGCAAUGAUGAAGAGGUAGAAGAGGUGGGAGUAUCGGUGCACGCCCUCAGUGGACAGAACCUUCAUGACACCAUUAAGGUGCAAGGAGAAGUAAAGGGUAAGACCCUAACUAUUUUGGUAGAUACUGGAAGUACCCAUAGUUUCAUCGAUUACCAGGUGGCUCGAGAGGUUAAAGCAGAAAUGGUGGCGGCUACCCCCCUGGCAGUGACAGUGGCUGAUGGCCACAAGGUCAUGAGUAAGCUCAAGUGUGCUAGCUUCCAAUGGACCAUGCAAGGGGAGCCAUACCAAGCUGAACUGAGAGUUAUCAGAUUAGACGGGUCAAGUAUGAUCUUGGGAAUAGAUUGGCUUAGGGCCUAUAGGCAGGUUACUUUCGAUUAUAGUGAUAACUCCGUGUCAUUUAAUAAGGAGGGCAAACAGACUGUACUGAGGGGAAUAGCUGAGGGGUCCAAGGAAAGGGCAUCGACAGCGGAACUGAAAUCUAUAUCUGCCAAACAAUGGUAUAAGGCGGGGUUGGAGGGAAACUGCUGUGUUAUUGGACAGUAUUGUCCUACCCAGCUUGAGGGGCAAGAAUCUAACAUACCUCCACGAGUGCAAGAGGUGCUGCUUCAGUAUGAAGGGGUUUUUCAAGAGCCACAAGGAUUGCCCCCGCAAAGAGUAAGAGACCACAAAAUCCCGCUACAUCCUGGAACUGUACCAAUAAGCAUAAGACCUUAUAGGUACAGCCAUGAUCAGAAGGAUGAAAUAGAAAGGCAAAUUCAGGAGAUGCUAAGAACUUCCAUCAUCCAGCCGAGCUCAAGUCCCUAUGCUUCCCCGGUAUUAUUGGUAAAAAAGAAGGACGACAGUUGGCGACUAUGCGUGGAUUAUAGGCAAUUAAAUAAGGCGACUAUAAAAGACAAGUAUCCGAUACCCUUAAUUGAUGAUCUACUGGAUGAGUUGGCAGGUUCCCGAUACUUUUCGAAGAUAGACUUGAGGUCCGACUAUCACCAAGUAAGGAUGGACAGCGAAGACAUACACAAGACUGCUUUCAAAACCCAUCGGGGACACUACGAAUUCUUGGUGAUGCCCUUCGGAUUAACCAAUGCCCCGGCGACCUUUCAAGCCAUAAUGAAUGAGGUAUUUGAACCUUAUUUAAGAAAAUUCGUACUCGUUUUUUUUGAUGAUAUACUUGUGUACAGUGAGGAGUUGGAAGAACAUGCACAACACUUGGAAGUGGUUUUAAAGCUCCUGCAGGAUAACCAUUUGUUUGCUAAGAGAAGCAAGUGCUUCUUUGGGCAAAAACAGGUUGAGUACUUGGGGCAUUUGAUCACUGAAACGGGAGUCGCUACUGAUCCCAGCAAAAUCGAGGCUAUGAAGAAUUGGCCUUUACCAACCACUGUGAAGGAAUUGAGAGGGUUCUUGGGGCUCACAGGCUAUUAUCGGCGCUUUAUAAAAGGCUAUGGAGGCAUAAGUAAACCCCUUACUGAGAUGCUUAAGAAAGAUAAAUUCAGCUGGAGCGAGGAGGCGAGGCAGGCCUUUGAGAAGCUUAAGGUGGUCAUGACUACGGCCCCCAUAUUAGCUAUGCCUAAUUACGACCAGCCUUUUACUAUAGAAGUGGAUGCUUGCGACAACGGGAUUGGAGCAGUACUUACUCAAGAGGGAAGGCCCAUAGCCUUCAUCAGUAAGGCUAUUUGCCAAAGGAACAUGGGGUUGUCGACCUACAAGAAGGAGUUCUUAGCAGUGUUAAUGGCUGUAGCUAAGUGGAAACACUACAUUAGUACACGACCCUUCAUCAUCAAGACGGACCACGAAAGCCUUAAAUACCUUUUGGAGCAAAAGAUCACCACUGCGGUGCAACAAAAAGGCAUGAUCAAGCUGAUGGGACUUGAUUACUCCAUACAAUACAAGAAGGGAAGAGAAAACUUAGCUGCGAAUGCCUUAUCCAAAAGAAGGAGGCAAGAGGAAGGGUACAAUCUGGCUAUUAUUGCUAUUGUUCCUACUUGGGUACAAGAAGUUGUAGAGAGCUAUGAAGGGGAUUCCCAUCUGCAACAAAUUAUAGCUAAAGAACUGCUGAGCCCAGAUUCGCAACCUAACUAUACUUAUGUUCGGGGGUAUUAA